AGGCCGUUCUUGGGCCGAGGUCGGCAGAGGGCGCCGCCGCGCCACCCGCCCGGUUCCCGCGGUGCUCCAGCGGAGCCCCAUAUGUCGACCGUGGAGGAGCGCCUGGCCAGCCUCGAGGCGCAGGUGGCGGCGCUGUCCGCCACGGCAGGCGGCGGGGAUGGCGCCGGCAAGAGGCAGGGCCCCUCGGGCAGCGGCGAUGCCCAGAUCCUGAAGAAGGUGUCGACGAGGCUGCAGGACUUCGAGGCCCAGCUCACGGCCCAGCUCGGCAACAUGCAGAGCGACUUCGACAAGAAGCUCUCGCACGUGAGCCGGGGCGCGGCCUCCAUGAAGCCGCUGGACGGCGCCGGGGCGUCGGCGGGACUCGACACCAUGGCGGAGGACCUCGACCAGCUCAAGUUUGACGUUGGUGAGCUCAAGGACCUCCUGAGCAACAACAAAGGUGAGGUCAACCACGUGCGCCGCAUCGUCCUCGCGUGCGAGCGCGACAUGGAGGACUUCACCGCUGCCAUGGACGCGGUCAACGUCGACCUCGACGAGAUGCGCGCGCGCGUCGACGCGACACACUCCAUCAUCACAAGCCGUCAACGCGUGGAGGCCACGAUGACCGCUGAGAUCUCCACCAUGAGGCUCGACAUCGGCGACAUCCAGGAGGCCCUGAAGAACCACGACUCGUGGAUGGAGGAUGUCUCCAACACCUUGCAGCAGAUGCAGGAGAAGGAGGAGAACCUGACAGAGGACAUCAUCAACUUGAAGAACGAGAUGAACACCAAGCUGGACACCAAGGUCGACAACGUGGCCUGGAAGGAGGCAAACGACGACCUGGACGCGGCCGUGAAAACAGUGAGGGACAUGGUCUCGUCCCUGCGGCUGGACGUGGAUGCGCGCCGUCGGAAGGUGGACGAGAUCUUGGCAACCAUCAGGCACGACAUCACGGCCGUCGAGACCAACCUGGAGGAAUCCAAGGCGAAGAUCACGAGCGACACGGACCAGGCCGUGAACGCGCUGAACGGCCGGAUCGACUUCACGAACAAGGACUUAGCGGCCACGCAGGAGAGCCUGCACACCACCCAGAACUCGCUAAGCGACUGCUUCAACGAGGUGGCCGUGGUCCGGAGCGACCUUGAGCGCAACGUGGCCGACACCGAGGCCCGCCUCAAGAACGACGUGCGCCAGAAGCAGCAGGAGGCCUUCGAGAAGGUCGCGGCGGUGGAGCAGCAGGCCGAGCUCCGGAGCGCGGAGGCCUCGCGGCGCCUGGGCGCGCUGGACCUGCGCAUGAGCGGCGUGCAGGGUGGCCUCGGCGAGCACAAGCGCGACAUCCUGAAGCUGCGCGAGGAGGUGAACGGGCUCACCGUCAAGAGCGCGUCGCACGAGGUGGACAUCCAGAGGAACAGCGACGCCAUGCGCAAGAUGGAGAAGCAGCGCAACAUGGACGAGCAGAACUGGAAGGCGCAGAUGGACGCGGUACACGACGUCCUCGACACCAAGGUGAACGAGAAGCCGUUCGAGGACUUGAAGCACUGCACCGCCUCCCUCACAAAAGGCGUGGUCAAGUUUGCCCAGGUCGUCGGAGUCUUCCCCGGCCCGAAGUUCGACGAUGCCGAGGGCGGGGAUCAGGGCGAGGCAGACGUCGAACUGCUGGGCUGGGAGGAGUGCGCGGAGAACAUGUCCUUCCGCGUGGACAAAGCGUGGCGGCAGCGAUGCUCGCAGCGCUUCCGCAACGUGCUGGACAUGGUCGCCAAGAAGGCUGACCACAGCGUCCUGCGGCUGCUGCAAAUCUCUCAGCAGCAUAUCGAGUCACAGCUGGAGAGCGCGUCAAGCACGAGCGCGAACUCUGGAAGGAGGUGGUGGAGCGCCGGCAGCAGCAGCCGAUGCAGCUGGCGCUGGGCGCCAAGGAGGCGGGGCCCGGCGGGGCUGGACCGCCGAGCGCCCGGGCACUGCGCGCCUGAGGCGCGGGGCUCGGCGGGGGCGCGCGGAGCUGCUUCGGCGGUGCAGGCACCCUUCCACCCCUGCCUCCUCGGUCCCUCCUCGGCCACUCUCGUUGGCCGCGCCCCGCUCGAGAAUUUGGACGCCCGAACUGGGUACGGAAGAAUUGGGUACAAUGCCCAACAACAAAUGUUGUCCCUAACCAACAGCGGCCGCUGUUGGGCGGGCGACCUUCUGUCUCGAAUGGACCCAGGCCGCGGCGGCGUGGACAGCGAAUCCUGUUCAAAACGAACAGGAACUGCUGUUGGGCACCCUUACACCCCUGCCUCAUCGACCCGGGCUGUGCCACGCCAUGCUUCGUCGGCGAAUAUAACAGGUUCGCCGCUCUUGAACAUCGACCUCUGAUGUUCGCCCCUCGCCAUCUCGCCCCCCUGCGCUUGCUCCCACGCCGCAUUGGCAUGGGCGCCUCUGGAUCGGCGCGCCGCCCGCCAGUGGCGGCCGCAUCCGCUGACGUGUGCGCCGAGUUUCGCUCGGAGUCCAGCCGAAAUCUGGAUGGACACCGGCGUUCUUUUUACUCCCCGCCGCGGUUUUCGGAGGAGGACGGGGCUUGGCGUCCGCAGAAGGCACUUUCCGGCCAGGAGCCUUCGCUUGGCGUGGCGCGCCGCCGGUUCUGGCCCACGCUUCGGCGCGGCACGCCCUCGUCGUUAGCGUUCCCGAGCCUGCCGCCCCAUGGAGCGGAGCGACACGCGAUCCGCUCCCAGGGCAUAGCGCAUCGCCGUGGCCGCCGCCGCGACACGCAGCCCAAAAGCUCCUGCCGUAUACUUCACCACAACCACCCUGCCUAGCCAGGGCAACCCUGGGCCCCCCGGGUGGUGCGUAGACCCUCGUGGCCUCGGCCAGGAGGGCGUGUCCACCAUGCCAGGGCCCAGGAUGGCCCUUGGCCAGGGAGGGUGGUAGCGUCCAAGUGUUCUAUGCGCAUAGC